AUGUUAAAAAUAGUUCAUGAAGGUCACAUGGGGAUUGAAAGAUGUAAAAAUUCAAUAAGAGAUUUAAUAUUUAGGCCUAACAUAAAUUCUGAUAUAAAAAAUAUUGUUGAAAAUUGUAAGGUAUGCAUGAAAUAUAGAAAUAAUAAUUCUAAAGAACCUUUAAUACCACAUGAUAUAACUCAAAUACCUUGGUUUAAGUUAGGAACUGAUUUAUUUCACUUUGAUAAUAAAAUAUAUUUAUUGGUGGUAGACUAUUAUUCUAAAUUUAAAGAAAUUGCACAUUCAACAUCAGGAUUUACAAGUACUUCUGUUAUUCAACAUCUAAAAUCAAUGUUUGCUAGAUUUGGAAUACCAUUUUCAAUAGUGUCUGAUAAUGGUCCACCAUUUAGUUCAUUAGAAUUUAAACAGUUUAUGUCUGAAUGGGAUAUAGAACAUAUCACUUCAAGUCCACAUUAUUAUCAAUCUAAUGGUUUAGCAGAAAGAUCAAUACAGUCAAUAAAGAAAUUACUAAAAAAAUUUAAAAAAGUAAAACUGAAUAUAUAUAUGUAG